UAUAAAGUUACUAUUAACAAUGCCGUCGUCUAUAGUAUAAAGUUAUUAUGAACGGUUGCUGUAAACUAUCGAUUGUGCUGCCUAAGUAAAUCAUGAAAACGAUAUUAAUUACACUAGCAUUAGUUGGUCUUGGUCGAUCAUCCAAAACAGACGAUAGAGACAAAAGGGCCACAUUUCCUUUGACAUCCAGUCCAAGUUUUGAAAAUUUCGAAUCACUGAAGAUUCCUAAUAGAGCACCCCAACUUUACAGCUUGGAAGUAGACUCCUUCUUACCGAUUCCAAAAGGAGACCUUCUAGCAGCCAAUAAAGCCAGCAUAGCCCCCGUUUUGUCCAAUUCAAUCGAAAAACCUGUACAAGAACCGCAAGAACCAAUUCCUCAACAGCCAGCAGGAACUGCAAUAAUACCAUUGUUACCACCACCAGCAAUACCAGUAAAUGCUGCUGCUGCAAAUGUACCAGCUAAUAACGGGGCGGUAUUUUUGGGCUCAGGUGCAUUGGGUGUUAUAAAUCUAGGAAAUGGUGCGUUUGCAUUGGGUUCCGGUGGCAUAGGCUACUCCAACAUGCGUCAGCAGCCACGACCAAAUGGCAUGUCACCUUUGUACCCACCCUUACCAGCUUCACCAAAUUUGGUACCCGCAGCUACCCCAAGCCAGCCAGGUGCGCCUCCACCAGCUAACCUAGCUGGUCAAGUACCACAGAUCAACUAUCAGUUCCAACAACAACCUGUUUUUAAUACAAAUUUAAUACCAAAAGGACAAUUAGAUCGUAACGGGUAUGAACCACUGGAUCCCAGAAACGCAGGUUUUGGAUCCCCAAGUCGCAGGAUUAGGCCGCUGAAGACCAGAAUGAGUUAUGCUACUCCUACAGUUCCUCAAGUCCAGGUAGAGGCAGUACAUCCUAGUCAGUUACCCCAAUCUGGGUUCGGCGACCCUAUACCCAGGCUACCUCCUCAAGCCAUUACCUACUACUAAAUGUCUAGAGCGAAAAUGUAGUUAAGAAAAUCAAAUAAGUUUUUUAAAGUUAAAAAACUUCGAGUAGAUAUGCUUGAAAUUAAUUUUCAAGCAUUCUACUGUUAAGAAAGUAUUAUAUUAAUGAUUGAAUUCUCAAAAGGCCAGAGAUUUUAAAAUACAAGUUGUUCUUUAAUUUAAACAAUACGAUUUCGUGUGCUUAUAUUAAUAAUUAUUGUUGAUAAAGACAUAUCGAAAGUCAGCGAAAAAAAGGUUGUUUCGAUAGACGAUAAUCAAAAAAUUAAGUAUAACAUUUUUUUAUAUGAUAUUACAUUUGAAUUAAAAUAACAUACAAACACU